AUGAGGUCUCCGCGGCUCUGGGCGGCUCUCUGCCUCCUCCUCACCGCGUCCUGCCGGCUGUGCGCGGCCGCCCGACACGGUUGUUUGUUUGAAAAGAAGCUCUGCCCACGAGACCAGCUGUGCAGCGACGACGGGCUGUUCGGACGGUGCCAGACUCCUCACCAGGAGCCCGUGCAGUACCGGGUGUCGGUCCCCGUCCUGCACAAGCUGCAGGAGGUCCUCAAAGGCCUGAUGGCGCAAGGUCUGACCUGGAGGGACGGCGCCACGCAGGCGAUCAUCGGCCGGGAGCUGAGUCGAGUUGCCACCGCCGGCUCCGUACCGUACGAGAAGUCGGCGAACCAGAUGUCCAGACUGCCGGGCCCCGGUCCGCGGAGGGUCCAGGGCCCCGAGGACCCGGCUGACCCCGGGAUGAUGCAGCAGUACCUGGACUACAUGGUCCUCGACCCCUCCCGGUCCUCCGUUCACAUGCAGAAGCCCCUGCUGGACCCGUACACCUACCACCAGCAGCAGUACGGCUACCAGGAGGAGGAGGAGCGCUCCCUCAACUCUCUGGAUGAGAGUCCCGGCUUCCCGCUCCUCGCCCCCCCUUCUCGCUCCAGAUCCCGGGGAAACCCUCUGGAACGAGACCAGCAGCUCCUCCAGGACCUGGUGUCUUUUUACCUCACCUCCCCUUCUUCCUCCUCCUCUUCCUCCUCCUCUUCCUCCCCUGUGCAGUCCCUCUCCCGCCACAGAGGGGCGGUGGCAGCAGCUGCAGGAUUCCCCUCUUCGCUGUCCUCCUCCUCCUCCUCCUCCUCUUCCUCCUUCUUCCCUGAGCUAGACUUCCCGCUGGACUACAGCGAGGACUACGUUUCCCAGGUGGCUCAGCUCAGCAAGCAGCAGGAGGAGGAGCAGGAGGAGAAGAAGGAGCAGGAGGAGUACGACGCCUUGUCAGGACUGGAUGACCGGUCCCUCCAGAGACUGGCUCUGCUGCUAGACCACUACGGCCUGGACGUGAAGGAUUUGACCCCCGAGCAGAGAGACGACGUGCCGGCCGCUCUGAAGCAGCUGCAGCUGGAGGGCUCCUUCGCCCACCGGGAGGUCAAAGAUAAGCAUGAGAACAAUGCUGCCACGAGAAAGAAGGUCACAGAGGGUUCGAUGGCGUUGAAGAUGGCCGCUCCUCCCUCCACCGUGAAGGCCCCCGAACUGGCAGCCGCCCGUGAAGGUUCGCCCCCCCCCGCGGCCGCUGGCCGGGACCAACUGAAGCCGGGGCAGGAGUUCGGCUUCAUCGUCACCAAUCAGAGCGUCGUCGGACCGGCGACGACAUUCAGGAUCGGACCGAAGGACAAGAACCUCAAGGCAGGACACGGGGCUGAGAAAGACGUUGCAGAGAAGAACUUCCCGGAGUCCGAGACGGGCCUGAAGGUUCUGCAGAGCGAGGUGAAGAGGACCGAUGGGAACGCGCUGCCUCUGGCCACACGGGUCCAGCCCAAAGGUUCCCGCUGGGUGUUCGCCACCCUGGUGGCCAUGGCGUGCAUGUGCGGCGUCCUGGUGGCGGCCAUGACCGUGGCCUGCCUACGUCGCCACGCCCACCGGCUGGCGAAGAAGAAGCUGGGUCUGGGACCGGAGGGGGGUGGCUUCACCCACCAGGAGUACCAGGACCUGUGCCGCCAGCACAUGGCCUCCAAGGGCGCCUUCGGACGGCUGGAAGCCGCCGCCCUCGGCGCCGUGGGAGGAGCCAGCGGAGGAGGAGGAGGAGGAGGUGCAGGAGCAGCAGGUGGAGGAGGUGCAGACUCCAGGGUCAGCAGCGUGUCGUCCCAGUUCAGCGACGGAGCCCAGCCCAGUCCGAGCUCCCACAGCAGCACGCCGUCGUGGUGCGAGGAGCCGGCGCAGGCCAACAUGGACAUCUCCACUGGUCACAUGAUACUGGCCUACAUGGAGGACCACCUGAGGAACAAGGACCGCCUGAUGAAGGAGUGGGAGGCGCUGUGUUCCUACCAGGCCGAGCCCAGCGCCGUGUCCGUGGCUCAGAGCGACGCCCACGCCAAGAAGAACCGCUGCCCCGACUCCGUGCCCUACGACCACUCGAGGGUGAGGCUGAAAGCCGAGGUCAACCCGUCACGCUCCGACUACAUCAACGCCAGCACCAUAAUUGAGCACGACCCCCGGAUGCCGGCCUACAUCGCCACCCAGGGCCCGCUGUCUCACACCAUCUCUGACUUCUGGCAGAUGGUUUGGGAGAACGGCUGCACGGUGAUCGUGAUGAUGACGGCGCUGGUGGAGGACGGAGAGAAGCAGUGCGACCGCUACUGGCCUGACGAGGGCUCGUCCCUCUACCACAUCUAUGAGGUGAACCUGGUGUCCGAGCACAUCUGGUGCAACGACUUCCUGGUGCGAAGCUUCUACCUGAAGAACGUGCAGACGCAGGAGACCAGGACCCUCACCCAGUUCCACUUCCUCAGCUGGCCGGCUCAGGGCAUCCCCACCGCCACCCGCCCGCUGCUGGACUUCCGCAGGAAGGUGAAUAAGUGCUACAGAGGACGGUCCUGCCCCAUCAUCGUGCACUGCAGCAACGGCACAGGCCGGACCGGCACCUACAUCCUGAUCGACAUGGUCCUCAACCGGAUGGCGAAAGGUGUGAAAGAGAUCGACAUCGCUGCGACGCUGGAGCACGUCCGAGACCAGAGGCCCGGGAUGGUCCGCACCAAGGACCAGUUUGAGUUCGCCCUGACAGCCGUCGCCGAGGAGGUCAACGCCAUCCUCAAAGCUCUGCCCCAGUGAAACCAGUACGCCCCGG